GCAUAUGAUUGAAAUUAUCCAUUUCCACAUCAUCCUCAGCACGUGUAGAACGUUUGCUCCUCUACUUUCACGAAAAACAGAGUUUAAAUAAAUAAUUUUUUACAUUUUUGCACCGUAAUAAGUUGAUUGAGAAAAUUUUUCAAUUAUUGUCUUUAAAAUAAACAAAAUGGAGAACGGUCAAGAAACAAAUAAAACAGAGGAAAAAAAUGACGCCACAACCGAAGAGGUUAAGACAACAUCAGAAACACCGGCUGAGACUGAAGUUAAAGAAGCUGAAAAUGGUGAUAGUCAUGAGGAGAAAAAGGAAUCUGAAACUGUCGAAGCAACACCGGAACUUUUAGGAAAAAUUAAAAAACAAAUCGAGUUUUAUUUCGGCGACGUAAAUAUGCAAAAGGACAAGUUUCUAAUUGAACAGACAAAAUUGAGUGACGGUUGGGUUCCAAUGGAUGUGAUGUUGAAAUUCAAAUUAUUAGCCGCAUUGAGCAAAGAUUCAGCGACAAUUGUAAAAGCUCUUGAGAGCAGUGAACUUAUUGAGGUUUCAGAAGAUGAAAAAAAAAUUCGACGAUCCCUCGAUCAUCCAUUACCUGUUUAUGAUGAGGAUUACAGAAAAAGCCAACAGGAGAGGACAGUUUAUGCCAAAGGUUUUCCACUCGAGGGCAUCAACAUUGAUAUUCUUAAAGAUUAUUUUGUACCCUAUGAACCAAUUGAAAAUAUUUACAUGAGAAAAUAUGCAGAUAAGGAGAAGAAAAUGCACUUCAAGGGAUCGAUUUUCGUUCAAUUUAAAACCCUCGAUGCGGCUAAAAGUUUCAUGGAAAAGGAGGGAGUUAAAUAUGAGGAAACAGAGCUCAUCAAAAAAUGGGCGGUUGACUACAAUGCAGAGAAACAAAAGGAAAGAGACGAAAGACGUCAGAAGAAGGGCUCUCAAAAGGGAAACAAAAACUCUGACGGAAAUGAGGAAAAAACUGAAGUCGUUGCCGAAAAGGAGAAAGAAACUCGCAGUCUACCCAAGGGCUCGAUUCUCCAUCUCUCUGGAAUAGAAAGUGGAGCCAGGGAGGAUAUCAAAGAAGCUUUGGUCAAAUUAGAUGGUCAUGUUGCUUUCGUCGAUUACUCGAGGGGAGAAGAAAGUGGCUAUGUUCGUCUUGUAAACGAAAAUGAAGCCAAGACUAUUUUCGAGAAAUUGGAGGAAGGAAAAUUGAAAAUUGGAGAAUGUUCAGCAAACGUUCGAGUACUUGAAGGCGAUGAGGAAACUGAAUAUUUAGCGAAAGUAGCCACCGAAUUGGCUAAUAUUCGAAAAUCAAAAUUCAGAAAUAACAAAUUUAAGGGAGGCAAAAAAAAUCGAUUCCAAAGAGGACAGAAGAGGAAAGGCGGCGACCAUGGAGAUGAAAUUUUCUCAAAGAAGAAAGCUGUUUAAAUAAUACGAAAAAAAUAUAAAGAGAAAAAUUUAUAUUUUCUAAGAAUACUAUUCACACUGUCGUUUCUUUACAGUGGUUUACUGUAUAUUUUUUUAUUUUUCACAGACUCAUUAAUUUAAAUACAGUGUCAGAAAAAAAUAGAAUUUAUUUACUGAAAAGAAGAUUAUUUUUUUAAAAAUAUCCGAUUGGAGUAGAAAGAUAUUUUUUUAUUUUGCUGACGUAAAAUUGUUUUACAAUUUCCUUUUUUUUUGUAGAGACUUUCUUUAAUUAAUAGAUUGUGAAAAAUUGAGUCAUAAGAAUAAAUAACAACAACAACACAUAGCUUUUUGAUAUUAAAAUAAAAUAAUAAUUUUAGUUUAUUAUUAUUGUACGUAAGAGAAAUUUAUAUCAUUUUCUCUAGAGAUAAAGAAUAUCUGUUUAAUAAAAAGAUGAGUAAAAAAUA